UUCCCCCGCAAGAGGAAGUCAGGUAAGACGGGACCGAGGUAAAGAACGCAGGCACCGCUCGGGCAACAAAGCGUGCGUAAGACCCCGCUUCCCCCGCGCGCGUGCCGAGGGAAAUCUCGAGAGGUUUACUACGAGCCCCAGAAUGCUCUACGCAACUCCGAAGGCGGAGCGUCCUGAAUGGCGAGUCCCAUUGGCCCACACGCCCAAAGGGAGAAAAAACCCGGAUCGCUUAUCGCGGCUCCCUCCAGCCUCGGAUAUCAGAGUUUUCUACAACCACCAGACUUUUCCUGUUCUGUGAUUCCAGGAUCUUCUCCACAACUAGGCCAUUUCCCUGCCGGUUGUCAUUUUUGACCUCUGACUCAAAGGUCAGCUCAAAGGUUCCAAACUGGGGCUUGGGAUGUCAGGGGGUACAAAACCUGAAUUCCCUAAAUCUUUAGCCAUGGGCCCCUAAGUCUCACCCUUUAGGUCCCUCACUCCAGAUCUUCAUAUCCACAAAUUGACCCACAAGUUCCCAAAUCUAGCCCCAGAUAAUGAGUUAACUUCUAGUAAGUCCUACUACAUUUCCCUCUGUAAACCUCCCAACGCACCCCAAGUUAAUACCACAAAUGUGAUUCCGAAUUUUAGGACUCCACCCUGUGAACUAACUCUUUGAUCCUGCAUGACUUGAGUCAGUCCCAUUGCCUGCAUCUAUGGUUUCAAAUUUUAGCACUGGCUCUUUCACACCCACUGCUUAGCCGCCAAAUUCUGGAACUCAGCCCUAAAACCUUUAAAAUCUCCAUCCCUGAGACCAACCCCAUUUGAAGGAUCCUUCCCUCUCCCAUUCUCAACCCUUCAGUUCCUCCCGUAGACUUCAAAAUGACUUCUCCAUGUUCUCCCCUAGAACCACCAAUCUCUCCUCAAAGAGCUCCUGCACCCAAAGCCCCCAUCAUUCCACCUCCUCCCCUACCCCUAAGCCCUCCAGACUCAGGUUUUCCACCCUCUCCCUGGAGUCUCCAGGCCCCUAUUCCCCCACCCCCUCCACCGCUGCCUCUACCCCCUGCCAAGGGGACAGCUCCCCCUCAUGUCUUCGGCCUGGAGAAGAGCCAGCUCCUGAAGGAGGCUUUGGAGAAGGCUGGCCCAGUCCCCAGGGGCAAAGAAGAUGUGAAGAGGCUCCUGAAGCUGCACAAGGACCGGUUCCGAAGUGACCUGCAGUGGAUCCUCUUCUGUGCUGACCUGCCAUCCCUCAUCCAAGAAGGCCCUCAGUGUGGGCUGGUGGCCUUGUGGAUGGCAGGCACUCUCCUGUUGCCCCCCAGCGGCAUCCCCCUGGAGAGACUUGUGCAGGUGGCCAUGGAGAGAGGCUACACAGCCCAGGGAGAGAUGUUCUGCGUGGCCGACAUGGGCAGGCUGGCCCAGGAGGUGCUUGGCUGCCAGACCCAGCUGCUCUGCGGUGGCCUAGGUGGUCCCAACAGAGACCUUGUCCUGCAGCACCUUGUCACUGGACACCCCCUGCUCAUCCCCUACGAUGAGGACUUUAACCAUGAGCCGUGUCAGAGGAAGGGACACAAGGCCCACUGGGCAGUGAGUGCAGGAGUCCUGCUGGGUGUGCAGGCUGUGCCAAGCCUCGGCUACGCGGAGGACCCUGAGUUGCCAGGCCUGUUCCACCCAGUGCCCGGCAUGCCCUGCCAGCCACCAUCCCUGCCAGAGGAAGGCUCCCCGGGAGCUGUCUACCUUCUUUCCAAGCAGGGCAAGAGUUGGCACUACCAGCUGUGGGACUACGACCAGGUCCGGGAUAGCAACCUGCAGCUGACAGACUUCUCCCCGUCACGGGCCGCCAACGGUCAGACGUAUGUGGUGCCCACUGGCGGGGUGCGGGCUGGCCUCUGCGGCCAGGCCCUGCUGCUCUGGCCACGGGACUCCAACCACCUGCCUGGCUCCAUCACCAUUUGAAGAGUGCCCCAGCUUCUCCCUAUGUGGGACAGGCCAUAGGUUGGGACCUGAGGGCCUCCAGCCCAGAGACUGUUCAUCAGGGUGGUCCCCGUCCAUCUCGUCUCAAGCCUGGGCGUCGUCUCAACUCCCAGGCUUGGGCUCAAAUCCCCAAGCCCAUCCCCUCCAGUACUGAGCACCCACCGAUCCCUCUCUCCAAGGAGAGACUGACAACUAAGACCCCACAACUUGUCCACCUCACCUAUGUCACAUCCAUCUACCUCUCACUGGGAAUCACCUUUUCCACAGUCACCUUGCUAGACAUCUGCGGGAACCUCCUGCCUGGGCUCUCUGCUGCUCCUCCAGUUUGUUCACAGGACAGGGCCUGAGCUCUCCGAGGCCCAGCUUCUCUCUCCUUAGCCCCGGCUGGUCUUCCACUCUGCCUGCCGGCAUUGCUGGCCUUUCGGGUCCCUAGAGCGUCCCUCACGCUCAGCCCUCCGCUAAAGAUCACUUUCCAACUUC